GAAGUUCAAUAACGUGCUCUCAGCCAACUUGAUGCUACUGGCGCAAAGUUCCUCCUCUUGGUACCGAAAGAAACGGACACGAAACAUCUUAUUAUUCUGUCAUUGAACCGCCUCCGACGACAGUCAAAGCACCCGAAAUGUCUCCCGACUUCUGCGCUGAAUCAUCUCUGAAGAAGCGGAGCUCGCAUGAAAACACAGACUGAAAACAUCAACAGUAGUUAGCAGGGGCAAUUAAUUUAGCUCUAGCUUAGUUUGGAAUCUCUCUGGUUAGCUUUAGUCGUGUUUUAUGCGAGCGAAGACACCAAAACAAUGGCGUUCUUCGUGAAAAAGAAGAAAUUCAAGUUCCAGACCCAGCUGACGCUGGAGGAGCUGACCGCUGUGCCUUUUGUCAACGGAGUGCUGUUCUGCAAGAUGAGGCUGCUGGAUGGAGAUUUUGUCGCUACUUCUUCCAGACAGGAGGUUCGAGAGAACUGCGUUCGCUGGAGAAAGAGGUUCACCUUUGUGUCUAAAAUGAGCGCCAAUCCGCACACCGGCGUCCUGGAUCCUUCAGUCUGCAGGGUGUCCGUUAGGAAGGAACUCAAAGGAGGAAAAACAUAUACGAAGCUGGGCUUCACAGACCUCAACAUGGCGGAGUUUGCGGGUUCUGGCUCCACUGUGCGCUGCUGUCUGCUGGAGGGAUACGACACCAAGAACACACGGCAGGACAACUCAAUACUGAAGGUGAUCAUUGGAAUGACCCUGCUGUCCGGAGAUCCGUGUUUUAAAACGCCUCCCAGCACAGCAAAGUCCAUCUCCAUCCCAGGACAAGAACACACCCUGCAGCUGGACUGUAAGGGGGAGGGAACAGCUGAGCCCGGGCCUGCUGGAGGGGUUUCCCUGGGACGAGCCAGCAAGCCGCGACCCUCCAUCAUCAGCUCAGGUCUCCUUGAAGAAUCCGAGGCGAACCACUCCAAUCCUGCAGAAGUCUUCCAGUCUGGUCACUCUCGUAACUCCAGCUAUGCCAGCCAGCACAGCAAAAUCUCUGGCUACAGCACUGAGCACUCCUGCUCCUCCAGCCUGUCAGACCUCACACACCGCAGGAACACCUCGACAGGAAGCAGCGCCUCUGGGGGCUUGGGCUUCACUGCUGACACACCUACAGAGGGCGACAAGGACGCCGGACGUCCAGAAAGACCCCCUCGACCCCCGCGGCCCAUCUUACCCCCUAACAGGCCCCCCAGGCGGAAGCAGGACUCAGUGGUGAGUCAGCCCUCUUGGGUAAACGACACUCGCAUGGAUGCCGACGACAUUGUGGAGAAAAUUGUCCAAAGCCAAAACUUUGCCGAUAUCAACAACACUGAAGACAGCAACCUUCGUCUGUUCGUCAACAGAGAUGGAACCACUGCGCUCAGCGGCAUCCGGCUUGGAAACAGGGUGUCUGCAGGCGGGUACGAGCCCGUGGUGAUAGAGAGCCAUUAAAGCGAGCAGCAGGAGAGGGGGACAUGUUGACCCGUGGAUGGUGGAUCGUCUCGUCUUCUGUCUUGCUGGUUUCCCCGGAGCUUCGGCCGGUCUGAAGCUGUGAAGGGAAAAACCUUGUCAGUUUGCACUUUAUGUGAAGUUUGCGGCGGCACUUGUCUGCCCUCCCUUCAGCUGUUUGUCUGUGAUGUUGAGGGCGAAGACUCAGAGUGAAAUGCACAAAACGUUUCUUUGAUACUGCCAUGUGGUGUGUUUUAUCUAGAUUUAAAAGAAGUCCUGAGAUUUCAGGACUUCAAUUUGUUCAGUUAAAUGAUAAAAGAUACAGAAGCCAAAGUCGUCCAUGUGUCCCCAGUUCAUUAUUCAAACUGAUGCUUAGGGGGCAGUGUUAAUUAAUAGCUAUUAGAUUUGAUAGCUGUUUCUUACGACAUACGAUUUCACUGCUGAAAACGAGUAACAGACAGGGACAGGAAGUUACUGAAGGCUGGACCGAAAGUAACUUCAUUAUGUACCGGGGACAUAUGGAUGAUAAUGGUCAUUUUAUUAAAAACCUAACUCCUGCAGGAUGUAUGUCCAUCCAAACCAACAAUCUUUUUGUUGAGUCAUUUUUCUUAAAGCCCCUUUUUAAGUGACAGGUUAAUAGUAAGUAGUAACUUUAAUUUGGCCACUAGUUGUGCAGAUGAAUACAGAUCUUUUACUGUGUAUUCAGUGGAUGUGUUUUUUUUUUUGUUUGUUUCUUAAACACGUCUGUAACAAGUUACUUUGACACAUUUUUUGUCACUGCAAACUGUCCGAAAUGGUGAGCAAGAAUCUCACUGGGAGUUUAGUUAAUGUGUAACGUUUAAUUUAGAUUCAGCAGGAAAAGGUUUCCACCUUUUUUUUUUUUUAAAAGACCUUCCAAACCAAGUCCCAACGGCAAAACAGGAUAAAAUAAUUUAGUUUUAUGCAUUGCAUAACAAAAAAAGUCCAACAUGUCAACUUGAAGUGUGUUAACCUCCACCGACAGGCCGCACACCCAAACACUGAAUGUGAUCAAGAGUUUAGAAAAACCACUGAGGAGCCGGGAAGAUGCAGAAACUCUGAAUCACUUUACUUUUUUCUCUUUUAGUUUUGAAGUUGUAGCCGUUCGCUGUUGAACAGGGGAAAGCAGUAGAACCACCUUGUGCCUGUAACGUUUCUCCUGAAUGAUCCUCAAACGCCACGAAAACUGUGAUAGCAGAGUGCUGGUGACGGUGACGAGAGAAAUAUUGUUUCUUGUUAACAGUUUCUUAGUUCAGUUUUGUGUCCGUCUUGUUGUAACUUGCAGGUGUAGCAAUUUUGGGAAAUCCCACAUGUUGCUCCAUCUCCAUGAAGGACGACUUGUAAAAGAUUCAGUUCCCCUCUCUCCUCAGCCAUUAGAAAUGAAAACUAAAUGUGAGGUGUCAGCUGUGGUACAAACUGUUCUGGUUUUAUUCUGAAGAAAGAGAUUAACUCCAUGAAGAGGGAUCGCUGCAGUCUUUGUUGCCCCCUGGUGGAGUAACUGCUUGCUUUCAGGUUUUUGCAUGAGUCCUUGUCCUUUUACAAGGAUGUUUACUUCCAGUUUGUUUAAAGCUGUCUUCAGAUCAACAAACACCAAAGAGGCGGAAAGAUGACAGAGUUUCUGUAGCUCAGACAAACACGAAAGAGGAAUUGUAAGCAAAUCAGCUGGCUGUUUGAUGCUUUGUGUGUGUGUGUGUGUGUGUGUGUGUGUGUGUGUGUGUGUGUGUGUGUGUGUGUGUGUGUGUGUGUGUGUGUGUGUGUGUGUGUGUGUGUGUGUGUGUGUGUGUAGCAAGUUUUCUGUUUGGAGUUUGAUGUCCACAAGAAGUCUAUCUCUAACUAUCUCAAGAAGGAACAAGGUUUUUUUUUUUUUUUUUUAAUCUUGUACAGAGUCUUAAAAUCUUUUUUUUUUUUCUGUUUUGUAAAAAGGGUUAAAAAAUUGUCAGUCUGAGAAAUAAUGCCCCCUUCUCGAAAUGCAGGUCGAAAAUCCCUUGAAUUUAGUUAAAUAACAUGGAUGUUAUGAGCCAAGAUUGGGGUAUAACUUAUGAUAAUUUUCCUCAUCGAUUGAAUCUGCCGAUAAUUUGUUCAGUGAAUCUCUUAAUUGGUUAAUCGUUUAAACUAUAAAAUGUCCGAAAAUUGUGAAAAAGUCAAAUAUUUUCCAAAUAUCUGACCUCUUUCAAUUGCUUCUUUAGUCCGAUUAAUAGCCUUAAACCAAAACAUAUUCAAUUUGCAAAUCAUAUAAAAUAGAAAAAAAAAACAGCAAAUCCUCACACAUGGCACUUUGGAACAAGCAAAUUGAGAUUUGUGGCUGUAAAAUUACUGUUUAUUAUUUCAGGCCAAUAUUUUACCUUAUUUACAAUUACAAAAAAAAAAUCAGCUUUUAAGACUCCGUACUUUAUCGGUAAAAGUAUUUGCAUGGACGUUAUUUUUUUCUUCACACUUCGCUGGUGGAAUCCAGCUCUUUAUAUAUAUAAGUUCACUACCAAGCUUGUAUUUUAAAGUUGUAUGUUUAUUAAUCACAUUUUGGGGAUGAGCCACUGACUGUAUGGUCUGAAUUUGGGUUUACAUCACCACAGCCUUUAGUAUUCUUUUAAAGCAUUUAUUUAUAUAUUUUUGUUUCUUAUUCUUUUUUUGGUUUGGAGGUUGGUUAUAAGCUAUGCACACAACCCACCUUCCUAAGUUUUUUCUAUGAGUAAUUCUAACAAAUGAUUCUAUUGAAACGAAGAUAUAACCGAAAUUUAUAGAGAACCAAGUUGGAACUUUUGGUCUUUGUUGGUAUUUCUGCAGAAAUGACUAAACAAUAAAAAGCUUAUUGGAGUUUG